UUACCCGGAACCGACGUGCGCAGGGAAAGAGUUUCCCACGGGGACCACUUAGAGGAACGGACACACUAAAAUGGCGGAACCCCGGGAAGGAGAAGAGAUGGAGGAAGAUUUCAAGAAGCCGAUCCUCCCGCCGCCGCCGCCGCCGCCUCCCACUCGGGAGAAGGCAGCGGAGGGCGCGCCGGCAGCACCGGCUCUCAAACUCCCGCGGGGCUGUGCCCUACCGGACCCCGCGGCCCCUAAACCCCCGCGAGGCCCUGCCCCGGGUCCCUGCGCAUCUGCCCUGCCGGAGUACCAGGAGCCGUCGUGGGGAGGCUGCGUCGCAGCGGACGGCUCCCCCGGCUACAGCUUGGAGGUGCUGAAAGGCGGCGCGGUGCUGGAGAGCAUCAGCCUGGGCGGCCGGAGCUGGGUGAUGGUGGGCCGUGCGCCGGGCUGCCACCUCUCCCUGGCUCACCCGUGUGUUUCGCGGCACCACGCCGUGCUUCAGCAUCGCCCGCCUCCCGCUGAGGAUGAAGAAAACCCGGGGGAUCCGGCGAGGCGGGAAGAGAAGGGUCCCGAAGCUGGCCUCUACGUCUACGACCUGGACAGCGCGCACGGCACCUUCCUCAAUAAAGUUCGGGUCCCGCCCCGCACAUAUUGCCGUGUCCGGGUCGGCCACGUCCUGCGUUUUGGGGGUAGCAGUCGCCUCUUCGUCUUGCAGGGUCCAGAGGAGGAUCAAGAACCUGAAUCAGAACUGACUGUAACCCAGUUGAAAGAACUGCAUAAAAAGCAGCAAGCUAAGUUAGAGAAAACAAUGCUGGGUGAUGAUUCUGAUGAAGAUCAAAUAGAAAAGGAAGAACCAAGAAAUGAAAACAAUCGGAAUAAUGAUUUGAGUUGUUCCUGGGGAAUUGGCGAAGAUGCAGAGGAAGAAGAAGGUGAAGAAAACCCAAUUGCUAUUGAGUUUCAGGAAGAUCAAGAAGCCUUUUAUUUGAAAGAUCCAAAGAAGGCAUUGCAAGGUUUUUUUGACAGAGAAGGUGAAGAACUAGAAUAUGAAUUUGAUGCCCAAGGAACUGGAACCUGGCUUUGUAGGGUGAAGCUCCCUGUGGAUGAUGCAUCGGGGAAGCAGCUCGUAGCAGAAGCAGUUCAUUCGGGGAAGAAAAAAGAAGCAAUGAUCCAGUGUGCAUUGGAGGCUUGUAGAAUACUGGAUGCUAGGGGUGUGCUGCGGCAAGAGGCAGUGUCCCGAAAAAGAAAAGCAAAAAAUUGGGAAGAGGAAGACUUCUAUGAUAGUGAUGAUGAUACAUUCCUUGAUCGGACAGGCGUUAUUGAGCAGAAACGGCGGAACAGAAUGAAGAAAGCGGGGAAGUUAGAAGAAAAGCCAGAAACGUACGAUUCACUGGUGGCAAAGUUAAAUGCAACUGAAAAGGAACUCUCUCAGAUAGCCGAGAAGCUGAAGUCUUCAAAGACAGCACAAUCGCAGUCAGCAGCUCAAGAUUCUUUGGAUGAAUUCAUGACAGAAAUAAAAUCAGGUUAUGCCUUAGAUAGUGUGACACGUAGAAAGCUUCACUUGCGGACUUUUGAACUGAAGAAGGAACAGCAACGGUUGAAAGGACUGAUAAAGAUCGUUACACCUGCAUCAAUGCCAGAACUGAAAUCCCAGCUUGGAAGUCAAGAUCCAGAAGCGCAAAACAAGCCUAAAAAGCUAACUUUACCCAUGUUUGGUGCCAUGAAAGGGGGGAGCAAAUUUAAGCUGAAAACUGGGACUGUAGGGAAGUUGCCUGUAAAGCAUCCAGAUAUACCUGUAAACCUAUUAAAGAUGAAAGAUGAGGGGCCGGAGGAGGAGGAGGAGGAGGAAGAGGAGGAUGAAGAUCAGGAGGCAAAGACAACAGAUAUAUAUCAAAGAAUGGAAAACUCAAAGGCAAACACUGUUGCACAAGAAAAAGUUGAACAAGACCAUCUCCCUGCUAGUUCAUCUUCUCAUAGCAGCCAGGAUGUGGACGUGGAUUCCGUUAACGAUAGAACCAGACUUCAAUCUGAACCUUUCAGUGGAGGUGCAGCAACACCAGUGAAUAUGCUCCAGAAGAAGCCGCAAGCAUUGCAGAAGCCUGGAGAAAAGCCCAAGAGUAUGAAAGCUAACAGUGCAAGUAGGGUUCAACAUACUAUGCCCUCAAAAUAUCCAGAAGAUGAUCCAGAUUAUUGUGUAUGGAUGCCUCCUGAAGGUCAAAGUGGCGAUGGCAGAACUCACCUGAAUGAAAAAUAUGGGUAUUAAACUUCAGAUGAUGGCUUUGGGAAAUCGCAGGUUACAGCACAGCAGAUAUGGAUUAGAAGACUGUUAAAAUGACAAACAACAAACUUCAUUCUUCACAAAUUCUUUCUAAUGAGUUUGCAUACCCAUGAAAAACUGUGUUCCCUACUAUAAGAGUUUUUGUAUAUGUUGCACAUCAGGAUGUAUAUAGUUGUGGGAGAGUGUAUUUACAAACUGAAUGUAGAUGUAGCAAGGCUGGUUUGAGAUAAUAAAGACAAAAGAGCCUAA